AUGUCAACAUCAGGAAAUAAUAACAAUCAAAAUAUUUAAUAGUAACAAUAUGAAGAAAAGCCUAAAGACUUAAAACUAGAUUUUAAAAUAAAAAACGUAUUUGGUUACCGAAGUGAUUUUAAAAACAAUAUUUUUUAGCACCCUGACCAAAACAAAAUAAUAUAUCCAGCAGCUAAUACUCUAGUAAUAAAUAGUAAUGAUAAUAAGCCCUAAUUUAUAACUACAUAUCCAGGAACUAGAGGAAUAACGUUUAUUGCAUAAAGUCCCUCAAAAAGAUAUUUGGCUUGGUCUGAGGAAUGUGAUAGUGGGAUAAUAGUAAUAUAUGAUUUACUAAAAUAAGAAAAACCAGAAAAAAAGCAAGAAAAAAAAUCAGAACAAAUAUACGAUUUAUCAAAAACAAAAGAAUAAAAACAAGAAAAAACUGAAAAGAAAAUCGAAAAAUCUGAAAAAAUAAAGACUUUGACAACAAAAGAUUGCAAAAGUAGAUACUAUAUAGGCCUUGAUUUUAAUAAAUAAAAUGAGAAAUAUUUAAUUGCAUUAUCCGGAGAGCCCGAUUAUUAAUUAAUAUACUUUGAUUGGUCAAAAUAAAGGAUAAUAAGUUGUGUUUAAUUAAAAAUUGAUCCCAGUAUAAGAUAUUCACAUUGUUUUAUGCACCCAAAAGACGAAGAUUUUUUCGUAGUUAUAGGAACAGGUUGCAUUAAGCCUUAUAAACUUGGUACUGAUUUAGUUUUUAAAUAAAAAGAUCCUCCAUUAGUAAAAAAAGAUAAUAAAGACUGGGUACAUUCACCAAAUUAUUAAUCAUAUUGUCUUUUUCCUGACAAGUUUAUGAUUAUAGGCACUGAUAUGGGUGAGUUAUUACUUUUUACACCUGCAUGUGAAUUUAAGACAAUACUUCCUACAUCGCCUAAAAACGAAUAAUUUUCAAUUGAAUGUAUUUAGCCUUUUUCAAGAGGUUUUCUUGUCGCAGGUUAAGAUUGUACAAUUUUAAUUUUUUUGAAAUACGAUAAUGAUAUUAAAAAUCCAUAUGUUCGUGCAGAUAAGAAAAUUCAGUUUAAAGAUUUAAGAUAUAAAAUCACGUCUCUUUUGUUAAGUAAUAAUGAGGAAAAAAUAAUUGUAGGAAUUGAAAAUAAUUAGAUUAUUUAGGCACCUUUUACAGCUGAAAUUAGUUCCGUUUCUGAAGAAAACUCAAAAGCUGAACCACUUUUUGUAUAAUUUCAUUAAUAAAAAAUAACCGGAUUGGAUGUUUGUAUUCGAAAAACUUUAUGUGUAACUUGUAGUUGUGAUAAGAGUGUAAAAAUAUGGAAUUAUAAUGAUAAUUCUUUAGAAAAUAAUAAAUUUUUUGAUGAUGAGGCUCUGUGUGUGGCAUUUCAUCCCUCUGGAUUGCAUAUUGUAGUUGGUUUUGUGGAUAAAAUUAAGGUCUUUAAUAUAUUUGAAAAUGAUUUAAUUGUUUUUUAAGAAUUUGGUGUCAAAAAUUGUAGAGAAAUAUAAUUUUCAAAUGGAGGACAUUUAUUCUCGGCUGUUAAUUAGAAUUCUAUUUAUGUAUAUUUGUUUUAUUAAGGAUAUUGUCCACCUAAUUUCAUGUUCAAAAAUGCUGGAAAAGUAAAGUGUAUUGUAUGGGAAGAAGAUGAUUAAGGAUUCUUUUCGGGAAAUUAAGACGGAGUUUUACAUUAUUGGAGAGUAGAUGAUAUUGGACCUUAGAAAAGUGAAAUUUAUCAAUUUUAAAAUAUGAAUAUUUCGUCAAUUGCUACUUAUUAAAAUAAGGAUUAAAUUUAAGUUGAAAGAGUUGUUUUUGUAGGAGGAAUUAUAAACAGUAAUAAUGAGAAAGACUUUUGUAUUUAUAAACUUAGCACAAAUAUUUCUUAAAUAGGAUUAACUCAUUCACGAAAGUUAUUUUUUUUUAUUUCAGAAGAAAACAAUAAGCCGAGUUCAUUAAGAAUAACAAAAUAUCCAUUCACAAAUGAAAUAAUGGAAAUGUAGCCACAUUUAAAUAAUGUAAGUCGGUUAAGAAUUAGUUAUGAUGAUAAUUAUGUAUUUACUUGUGGAUUUGAUGGGGCUUUUAUAAUAUAUGAGAAUAAAGGAAAGGAUUAUAAAAUGAAGCAUGAUAAUGACAAUUUAUAGCCAGCAGAUGAGUUUUUAAUACCAAUAGAAUUCUAUAAUGAAUAAAAAAGAGAAAUUGAAAAACUAAAUAAAUAAUUUAACGAAGAAAAAUUAAAAUAGAAGAUAUAAGAAAAUGAAAGGAAGAAAAUAAGAAAUGAUAAAAUUGAAGAACUAAAAAAAUAGACUAAAAAUAAUGAAAAAAGAGAUAUGAAUAAAUUAGAAUAACUUCAAUUAGAAAAAAAUGAAAUGAUUUAAACUUAUGAAGAAAAGAAAAAAAUGAUGAAACUUUAACAUGAAAAUAAUAAAAGAACUAUUGAAAAUGAAUAUAAAAGAAAGAUUUAAUUUGAAAUGGGAAGAAAUGAAGAACUUAUAAGAGAAAAAGAGAAAGAAGAAAAGAAAUUUAAAUAAGAAAUGUAAUCAUUAGAAACUAAUUAUCUUAAAAUUAUGGAUGAGAAGAAAAAGUAUUAUGAUUAAUAGCUUUUAUAAGAAAAAUUAAUAUAUUCGGAAUUACAUAAUAAGAAGAAAUUACUAAAAUAAGAUUUUGAAAAUAAAAGAGAUAAAUUGGAAUUUGAAGCGGAAGAUGAAAUAGAUAAACUAAAAGAAAAUAAUGAAAUUAAAAUGCAAAUUUUAUUCUAAAACCUUGAAAAAGCUGAAAUUAAAAAAAUGGAAAAAAGAAGCGAUUAUGAUACAGAAGCUUAAAAGUUAGAAGAAUAAAAAAGUAAAUUAAAAUAAACUAUGGAAGAAAUUUCUUAAAGAUAAGAAAAGAACAAAUAAUUAAUUAAAGAAAAGGAAAGUCAUGCUAAAGAAAUCGAAGAAAGAGAAAAAACAAUAAAAGAUAAAUAAAGAAGAAUAUAUGAAUUAAAAAAAAAAACUUAAGAAUUAGAAAAGUUCAAGUUUGUUCUUGAUUAUAAAAUUAAAGAGUUAAAAAGAGAUAUAGGUCCUAAAGAAGAAGAAAUUGCUAAAAUGAAAGAAUAAAUUGCAAAUAUGAAUUCUGAAACUUUACAUUUUAAAAGAACUAUUUCUAAUUUAAAAUUAAUUGUAAAUGAUUUAAGAUUAAGAUAAAAAGGUAUGAAAAAAGAAAUUGAUAAUUAAUAGAAAAUAAUUAAUAAUAGUGAACAAUAUAUUAAAUCUUUUGAAUAAGAUAUGUCUGAAUGUCACUAAUAAAUUUCAGAUCCAAAAAAAAUAAAAUAAUAAAUAUUAUGCUUAUAUAAUUAAUAUGUUUAAUCUGAUGAUUCUAAAAGGAAAAAAAUAGAUAAUAAUGAUUAAUAAAAAGAAAUUAUUAAAGAAAGAGCCCAUUUAGAAACUUCAGUUAACAAUUUAAAAAUUAAACAUGAUAAAAAUUAGAAAGUCCAUAAAUCUGUAAAAUAUUUUUGUUUUGUUUUGAAUAAUAUUUUUUUUUUUAUUUAUUUAAAGGAUACUGAAAUUAUCAUGAAACAUAAUACUUUUUUAAUUAUAGAAAUUAACUAAUUAAAAAGGGAAAAAGUUCAAAUAUUAGAAGAUAAAAAGAAGACAUAAUAAAUUAAUAAAAAAAAAAAAGAUGGAGGAAUUUUUAAUAACGAUUAAUUAUAGUAACUUGAAAAAGAUAUUUAAAAUGUUGAAAACGAAAAGAAAAAGCUCUUUGAAGAAAUUUAAAACUAUAAUUAAUUGAUUUAAAGUGCACGAAGUAUUUUUUAUUUUUUAAAUAUAAAUUAUAAUAAUAAAAAUAGAUGA